AUGCAUGGCGGUAUAAAUGGUCUAACGGAGGCGAUGUUACGAGGUGUACCGGUGGUGGUCAUUCCCGUAUUCGCCGAUCAGUUCCGUAACGGUCGAAAUGUCGAAAGGCGAGGAGUGGGCAAGGUGAUUCUGAAAUUGGAAUUGACUGAGGAUUCUAUCAAGUCCACCAUACGCGAUGUUCUUGAUCACGACAGAUACAAGACAAAUGCUGUUCGUUUGUCAAAGCUCAUGUCAGAGAAGCCUUUUUCACCUGAAGAGCGGCUAAUAAAAUGGACAGAAUUUGCUGUCCGACAUGGAGUGCUUGACAUAUUGCAUGUCGAAGGCUCACGAAUGAAUUCCAUAAUCUACUUCAAUCUCGACGUAUUUGCAGCUCUCGCAUUUGUGUUGUGUACUACUGUAUUCGCUCUUUGUAAAGUUUUCAGUGUUAUUAGUUCCCAUAAGCGUGAUGCGAAAUUGAAAUGUCAAUGA